AAACAAUCUACUUCACUAGCAAUCAUUACAACUUGAAUUCAACUGUAAAAAAAAAAGAAAAAACUGAUUUCCCAAAGAUCAUGGUAGCUUUCUCACCCAAGAGACUGAGAAGUUUCCUCUCGGUCGCCAUCCCGACCAUUUUGGUGCUCUUGAGCCCUUCUGCUGUUACUGCCCAAGAUGAAGACCUAGGGGACAAUAGGGUUUCGGCCCCCGCUUCGCUGUCGAACCUGCGUUCUGUGAUUGAGAAGGCCAGAGUCGAAAGCGGUAUCCCUGGCAUGAGCGUCGCGGUUCUUUACAAGGGCAAAUUGGUUUUUGCUGAAGGAUUUGGUAAACGCAAUGCCAAAGACCCCUUCGAACCAGAGACUUUAAUGCCGAUGGGAUCCAUCACCAAAUCCUUCACUGCUGCAGCUAUUGGAGAAUUGGUGGCAGAAGGAAAGAUGGACUGGGACCAGACUCCUGUUUCUAAAUAUCUUCCCGAGUUUGAAGUUGAUGAUCCUGUUCUAACUUCCGAACUCACCGCAGUGGACUUGUUGUCUCAUCGAACAGGCAUGCUCAGACACGAUGCAGCGUGGCUGAAGGCCAAUAUCACUAGAUUGGAUCUGAUCAAGCGUAUCAAGUACGACAAAUUGGACCGAAAGCUCAAAACCAAGGCUGUGUACAACAACAUCAUGUACGCAGCUAUUGGUGAAGCCUCUGCCAGAGUUGCUGGGACCUCCUGGGAGAAAUUGGUCGAAAACAAGGUUGUUAAGCCACUUGGUCUCAAGAAUACUGGAUUCGGGCCAAUGGCUAUGAAGAAAAGAUCCAGCAACCAUGCUAUCCCUAGUUUUGCAUGGUCAUUUGAAGAUGCAGUCAAAGGCAAGUUUGAAUAUGGAGAACUGAGCCCUAUUUAUUUGUCAGUUGCGCCCGCAGGGGACAUGUACUCGAAUGUCCUUGACCUUACUCGAUAUGGCCAGGUGAUCAUGAAUGGCGGCAAAUCAAAGGAUAAGCAGGUUUUGAAUAAGGACAGUAUCCGUGAAGUCUGCAGUGGACACACUUUCUUCUCGAAUCAAAGGCUGACAGCUGAUUUCGCUCCGACCCAAGCCUAUGGCAUGGGUUGGUUGAUAGACAGCUACAAAGGAAAAACUUUUUUGAGUCAUGAUGGCAGUAUCUCCAGUUUCAUUUCAAACUUGCAGUUCUUUCCUAAUGACGACUUGGUGGUUGCUACACAGUCCAAUGGCUUACAGGCGUCGGGACUUGUCGGGUACUUACCAUUCCUUAUUGCAGAUGAGUUGUUUGGGUUGCCAAAGACGGAAGAUUGGUUGGCACUCUCUGUUGCACAGAGCAAAGGUUUUUACGACUACAUAGCAUAUCAACUGAAUGGCGGUGAUUUACCGCCUUUGGUCAAGUCCAAGCCCACGACUCGUCCCCUCUCAGACUUCACUGGCAAAUAUACCCACCCGAUCUAUGGUGAGAUGACUGUCGAACUCAGGCCUGUUGAUGGAAAAGAGGAUGCACUCUUCAUUACUUUCAACAAGCUUGAGUCCAAGAUGGAGCAUUACCAUUAUGAUUCUUUCAAGAUGGCCUUUGUUGACGAUGGGGCCGCGACUGGAGUGUUCUUGACCUUUGAACAAGGAAGCGAUGGCGGUGUUUCUGGAUUCCAAGCCAAGAUGCCUGAAGGUUGGAAGCAGUUCACCAAAACCAAAUAAGAGUGCUUUACAUUAUUCCCACCCACAGCUUUAGCUUAUCUUAUAGACCUAGUAUCAAUAAAAUAGCAUUCUAGACUCG